GUUUGUUAAAAAUCAACUUUAGCACGCAAGAGAGAAGUUUUAUUUUUCUUAUAAAACCUGUGAUUAUGCAUGUAAGAGUAUUCUAAAAAAGAAUGCUAAUUUGUUAAAAAUAAAUCGCUUUAUUUUUGCCUAGGCAACACAGACCUUUUGGAAAUAUUUAACAUAAAUUAUGAAUAUCCUCCUACAAGAAUCAAAUUACCAACAAAUUCAAAACCGAACUCAUUAUUCCAAGCGUCUGCCCACAAAUGUGAAUGGGGUUUAAUUUCUUUUAUAUAGUGCUGUGGUAAAAUGAAUACACAAUUUUUUAUAAUCAUUUUUAUAUUUUUGGCCCGCCACUCUCACUCUUACACAAAAGUUUGGGUUUUUAACUCAAACAUAUCAGAUCCACAAAACUGGGUGAACCAUGGACCACAUCAAACUUGUCCAGGGCUCACGUUUGCUCCAGAAAAUCAGGCCACAAUUCCAAUUGAACAAAUAAAAGUAAAAAAAAUAAUAUUGCCUAAAUUUGGAAGUUUUCAGUUUGAUGCAAAUUCAAAAAUUACAUUCGAUGAAAAUGGCAAAGACGAUGUUUUAAAUUGUGUUAAAUUAAAACCAAUAAAUGAAGUAUCAUGGUUGGAUUAUAGGGCUUGGAAUAAUACAAAUGACCCAGAUAAUCCUGCUAUACCCUAUGACGAAAGGAUACCUUCAAAAUUCGAUGACGUAGAGUUUCCCAAGUAUUCUCUUCAUGAGGUUCCACAUGUUAUUGUCGGAAAAGUGAAAAGCGUUAAGUUUGGUCAAGGCAAAAAUAAACAAGAAAUUUGGCGUCCUGAUCUUACUAGGCAAGGAGAAUGCGAAGAUCACACAGGAUGUUUUAGGGGCUCAGAAGGGAUACAAUAUGAUAAAAUUUGCGAAAUAAUUGAUACCAUCAACGCUACAGUAGACUGUGCAAAUCCUAUCAGACCAAAAGGAUUUUGUAAUAAACCGAGAUGCGGUGGCACGGUACUAAUUGAAACACUAAAACCAGGAUUUCGUUUAGACAAAAUAAACGAAAAAUUGAAAGAAUAUUCCAGUUACUCGUAUGCCGGUAAAAUUUCUUCUAGUUCAUCGACAAUUCAAGUUUUUUUUACAGAAAAGAGUUUUACUGGUCAAAGUAUUGUUGAUGCGACUGAGUUUUAUAAUUCACUCCGAAAAGAUAGUUCCUGUUUUUGUGACAAUCUAAAACUCGAAACUUCAGGUGGACCACUGUACGAACAAUCAGAAUUAACCAAAAACGCUUUAUCUGUUACUUUUGGAACGUUAAUUGGUGCAAUCGUGAUAUUAGGCCUUUUGUUUAUUGUAUAUUCUCCAACUGUAACUAAUUUAAAUCUUGGAAACAGAUUUUUGGGAAGCAGGCCUCUAUCUACUUAUAUGAUGCACUACGACACCAUGGAAGACCGAAGCUGUAUAGUUGACGGACAGUCAGUAGCAGGAUCGGUGCUAGAGUUGAAUAGAGCGUUUGAAAAUCCUCUGUACGAACAUGCGCAUUCUUCUAGGAGUACUAGCCAUGAAAGUAUAGAGUCUGUCAGAUUGGGUCAUAAUACUGAUUUCGAUGUGGUUGAAGUUAAAGAAGAAUCGAUAAUGAAGGAAGUUGAAGAAAUUGAGGAAGAAGAAUUAUUAAAAGAUUUGUAACAAAUAAAGUUAAAAUGUGAUUGGGAAUCCUUAUCAAGAGGUGCCUUUUGUUAUGUGCAUUAUUGAAAAAGUUUGUGUGCGAAAAUUUUAUUUAGCUCAUUAUUCUAAUGGCCUUCAAAGCUUUGCUUAUAUUAUAUUUGUAGCUUAAAAUUUAAUAUAGACUACUUCAGCUUGCUGAAAACAUUUCGUAUUGAUCCCCUCCUAUUUUCACACAUUUUAUGUCAAGCAGCUGAUACGACCAGAUCCUAA